CUCUUCGCCCCCAACGAUCCCGACCGUCGACCGAUCCCCACUCUCUAUCGACGAGACACGCCGAUGCGAUAGAGCUGCCCCCAACUCGAGUGCGGUCUCUUCCUCUGACGUCGUGCGAGUAUCCGAACAAGCGAGCCUCGCCGUCACCCAAUAAUCCGGGCUAGAUGCCCCCGUCGACGGUAGCACUUGCACCGCGUCGUUUCUUUCUUUAGAAUCGGCAGGUCUCAACUCGGCCGCGCUGGCCCCUCUCGCUCGUUUCUUGCCCCUUCGCCAAAGGGCUUAAUACCAACCACACCCACCCACCGUAGCCAUGUCGGCGAAAUCGAACUCGAGGAACGUCAAAUGGGUCGAGGGCCUCCGUGGCAUCACCUCGUUCCUCGUUAUCAUGACGCACAUGGCCCGGGCCUGGGACUUUCCGCUGUUCUGGCCCAGCGACCGCCCCGACGUGCCGCCGCGGUUCCUGCAGCUGCCCAUCAUCCGCAUUCCCUUCCAGGGCCGGAUUGGCGUGCCCAUCUUCGCGUUUCUGACAGGAUUCGUGUGUGCAUACAAGCCGCUGCGCCUGGCCUAUCAGCAGGGCAACACCCCGGCGUCGCUGCACAGCCUAGCCCGAUCCGCCUUCCGCCGGCCCCCGCGCCUGAUGCUGCCGGCAGUCUUUGCGACCCUGAUCAGCUUCGUACUGUCGCUCCUUGGCGCCUACCAAACAUCUGCCCACUGCGAUAGCUUCUGGGUCCGCUUCGACACGCCAGACCCGGCCGUGAACACCUUCAAUGGCCACAUCCGGAGGUUAUUGCGCUCCCUGUUGACCACCUGGACCAGCACCGAGAAUGUCUACGACCGCCACCAGUGGGCCAUGAGGCCGUUGCUGAUCGGUGCCUUCCAGGUCUAUCUAACCUUGGCGGCCACAAUUGGGAUGCGAUUCAAGUACCGGAUUAUGGUCCAUGUGCUACUGUACUCGUACUGGUUGGCGAACACGGCUGCCUUGACGGAAACAUUCGGCUCGAACCUCGCCCUCGGCACACUCCUCGCCGAGUUGUCCCUCCACCGCCCGACGCAAAACUUCCUUGCCGCGCGGUCCCGGAUCCUCACGUACAUCGUCGCCCCGAUCCUCAUCACGAUAGGCCUGUACCUUGGCAGCUACCCGCACGAAAGGGAGGAGUGGCAGCCGUGGUCGCGGCAGAUGCGCGACAUGUUUGUGGACCCUGCCGGCGAUGGUACCCGAGGCACGCUCCUCGUGCCGCUCGGCAGCUACGCGCAGCGCCGCAUGACCUCGGCCGCCGUGCAGAUGUGCUCCCUAGCCAUCUUCCUGUCGCCAGUUCUACGGGAGGCCAUGUCGAACCGCUGGCUGAUGUGGCUCGGCCAGCACUCGUUUGCCGUUUACCUGGUGCAUGGCACCAUCCUGCGCACCGUCGGAAUGUGGAUCGUCUACGGCGUGUCUCUCGACAAGUACGUACUGCGCGGCAGCCACGGGGAAGGGAAUCCCAGGGAAACCCAGUUCCUGCACCCGCUGUCGAGGGGCCACAAGCAGGUGGCCGUCGUGGUGUUUGUCAGUUUGACGUACCUGGCGGCAUGGGCCUGGAUGAAGUGGGUUGAUACCACAUGCGCCAAAAUAACCGUGUGGCUGGAGAAGAGGGUGUUUGAGGACGACGACAAUGGGAAGGAAGGAAUGGCCGAGAAGGGCCUUGCACAGCCGCUGCUCAACGGAUGCGCGGAUGGAAUCCUCAGGCCGGAGGAGUCGGACCGGGCACGGCAACCGUCAUGAUAGUUCAUGAGUAAUGAGCCGGGGGUCCGAACGAAACACCACCACCAGGGGCAACCCUCUUUCUCUCCCCCUUCCGGGACACAUUUUCUGAUGCCCGGGAUGAUGUCAUUUGCAUCGUUUACGAUGGAACGCCCAUUGUGCCUUUCGAUGCGCGCCAACCUUUGCCUUGAUUGGCCUUCAUAUUGUCUCAUAUUUUCCGGCCUUCGGAUGAAACUCCGUGUUCAGGUUCCGGGCCCACCCAUGGAUGGCCCGACAAGGACGCGCGUUCGGAGACAUCUAACCGGUCGUGGACCUUGCAUCGCCUAGCCGCACCUGCUAUAACCAAUUUUCUUUUUUCUUCCCUCCUCUUCCUCUAUUUUUAU